AUGGACGCGAUAACGGCUGCAUCGGUCACCCUAGCGUAUGAAGGCGACGACUGUGGCAAUGACGCUUGCGCCGGGCUGUCUUCCAUCGUAAAGCAUGAGUUUGCAAGCAUCGGCGUGCAGUGUCAGUCGGUCCGACUUGAAACACUGCUCGAUAGACAGCGCUAUGAAGUCAGCAAAUCAAAUGCGUAUACGAACUCCGAAGCCAAUGAAGAUAUAGCCUGUACCCUCGUGGACAUAUGCAGAGGAAAACAAGGUUGUAGAGAUUCACCGGCUCUCACCACUCUGGUACUGGUUGUGGACAGCAAGGUACGCGCACCAGCGCUCGACAAUAUCUUGGUUACGCUUCAAGAGUGGCUCGCAGACUUUAGGAUCAGCAAGACACUACUUAAAGGGUUGUGCUGCACGGUGGUUGCCUGCAGAUCUGACGCGGGCACAGCCAACACGGCAAACGAUGGGCACCCGAGCAGGGAGGUGAUCGAUGCUGUAAUCGCAUUAGAGAAUUCAAUGGAAGCUCUAGGUGCACAUAUAAUCUUGAGAGAUACAUUGUGUUUUGGCCCGACUGACAUCGGACAAAUUGUCACAUUUACCAACCUAGUCAGCGAGGCAUGGGACGCUAUCAACUUCGCCGCAACCCGUAACGAGUCUAAUGUCAACUAUGUUGGCGAUAUAUCGGGACAGCAUGCACUUAGUGUGCCUUCUGAAGGGCGCCCUGAACUUCACCGCCAUCGAGGGUCUGACUCCUCGCCUGGAGGGGGCCACCAAAAAACAUCAUCUUACGUGACGUUAAAUGCCGCAGCGCAUACGUGUUGUCGGUCAGGUCAUACAGCAACUCCAAAUGGCCAUCCGGGGAAUGACACUUCAAGCAAUACAAAGUGUUGCGAAGCAGGGGGUGACCAGGGCACGUGCCACUGCAAUGAUGCACUUAACGGAAGUUCCUCGCAAGCCGACGACUACACUUCUGACGAAGAAGAGAAUACAAACACGGUGCAAGUAGCAGGAUGCAUGGCGGAAUCUGACAUCGAAAACGUGGCUCUGGAUGGGGGAAAGAUGGUCACCGAGACGCAGCGACAGUCACUCACCAAGCAGGGCUACAAACUCAUCGGCGAACAUAGCGCCAUAAAACUAUGCCGUUGGACAAAAGCGCGUGUUCGUGGCCAUGGAGGCUGUUACAAGCACACAUUCUAUGGCAUCAAAUCCAACCAGUGCAUGGAAAUGACUCCCAGCCUAGCCUGUGCUAACAAAUGCGUAUUCUGCUGGAGACACCACACUAACCCAGCAUUGACUCGUUGGAAGGGGACCAUAGAUGACCCAGAUUUCCUGGCUGAGGAAUCAGUCAAGGCGCAUUUGCGAUUGAUCAAGGAGCUGAGAGGUAUAUUUGAUACCAAAAGUGAUAGGCUUAAAGAAGCCAUGCAAGUGCGGCACUGUGCCCUUUCGCUCGUAGGAGAACCUAUCAUGUACCCGCUCAUCAACGAGCUCCUUCUGGAGCUGCAUCAGAGAAACAUAUCGUCUUUCUUGGUCACCAAUGCCCAGUUUCCAAAAGCUAUGGAGGGUCUCCGGCAGGUAACGCAGCUCUACCUGUCCAUCGAUGCGGCGGACGAAACGAGUCUCAAAAAAAUUGACCGUCCCCUCUUCCGAGAUUUCUGGGCAAGAUUCAACCGCUGCAUAAAGCUGCUCAAGCAGAGAAAGGAACGAACGGUUUUCCGGCUGACGCUGGUGAAGCAUUUCAAUAUAACGGAACAAAGAGAUGAAAUCGGAAACUACGGUCGGCUCAUUGAACUGGGUGAGCCCGAUUUCAUCGAAAUAAAAGCGGUGACUUUCUGCGGAACCGUGCACGAUAAUGCUAUCACAAUGGAAAACGUUCCAUGGCAUGACGAAGUGAUACAAUACGCGGCAGCACUCGUGGACGCUUCACCGUUCACACGGGAGAACUACGCCAUUGCCUGUGAGCACCGUCACUCGUGUUGUGUUCUUGUUGCGAAAAAAAGUUUCUGUGUAGACGGGAAAUGGCACACGUGGAUCGACUACGACAAAUUUCACGAACUGUAUCCCAUCUGGAAACAGGCAACAAGUGGGCGAGAGUUCCACGGCGUCGAGUACUCGAUAGAGACGCCGGAAUGGGCACUCUUCGGUUCAAAAGAGCAAGGAUUCGAUCCCAUUGAUACAAGGGUAUACACCAAAGGGCGGAAAAAGCUGUUUGGACCACCAACAUCGCCACCAAGCGCAUCAACGUGA